AUGCCACGGCGUUUGGGUGGUAACGUUUCAUGCGAAGUAACGACGGAUGCUCCAAGUUUUAAAACGAGACAGGCAAAAGCGUACCUGAACGUUGUAUCGAGACCCAAAGAUCGUCCGGAACUUCACGUUAAUAAAGAUAAAUAUAACGUUGGUGACACGUUAUUUGCUAAUUGCACGUCGUUUCCGUCGAAACCUCCGGCGUCACUUAGUUUUUACAUAAACAAUUCGCCCGCGCGAUCGUAA